AUGGGCCUGUCCUACACAGAAGCAAUACGACUGGUCGAGGCCGAGGCAUAUCGCAAACGAAAUGUCUUCUUGUCUCGAGCCGAAACGUGCUCGAUAUAUGCCGCAAGAGGUCGCAUUGCUCGACACACCAUUUACAGUCCAAUCUCGACACCAAGGUUCGACACGUCUGCCAUGGAUGGCUACGCAUUGAGCUCCGCUGCGACGAAGGAUGCGACCGUGGAAUACCCCAGAACGUUCGAAGUCAAGGGCAUCACGGCCGCCGGAGAUGAACCUUUCACGGAGGUCAAGCAUGAUGGGCCUAUUCCGCCUUGUGUGGAGAUCAUGACAGGAGCUCCAUUUCCCAAGACUGUCGAGCAGGAAGACUUCGACUGUUGUGUUCGCUAUGAGGAUGUAAUAGUCGAAGAGCGAUCGGGGCGUCGCUUCGUUACAGUGACCAAGCCUGCCAAGCCGAAGCAAAAUCGACGGCUGGCCGCGACAGACUUCCAAACAGACAAUGCGAUUGUCAAAGAGGGAGAGCUGAUCCAUCCGAACCAGGUAAUGGCGAUGGCAUCGGUCGGUAUCACGGAGCUUUCUGUGCUGCUCAAACCGAGGAUAGCGGUCUUCUCGACCGGAUCUGAACUAUUACUUGCAAAAGAAGAAUCUACUAAGCUUCAUCGGAUUAGCGACAGCAAUGGCCCGUAUCUGACGGCAACGCUGGAAGACUGGGGCGCUAUCGUCGACUUUUUGGGGGUUAUCCCCGAUCAGACUGAAGACCUGGAACAGGCCCUCUUGCGCGGUCUUCACGGAUCCAGGUAUGACUUGAUCAUCAGCUCUGGGGCUGUCUCGGCCGGUCGCUACGAUUUGAUCCCCGCAGUGCUUGAGCGCUUACGGGCACGAACGGUUUUUCACAAGGUAGAAAUGAAGCCCGGGCAUCCGGUGCUUUUCUCCAUGCUUCCUCGACUCGAAACUGCUCCGGAUAGCGAGGUGGCCUUUUUCGGCUUGCCGGGAAAUCCAGUCGCCAGCGCCGCUUGUCUUCGUUUUAUAGUAGUGCCUUACUUGAAUACCAUCCGACUGCAACCGCAAGAGAAGCCAUAUAAAGCCCGUAUCAUGACUAUGAACGACAAACUUGGUAGUCACCAUGAUAUACCACUCGGGUCCGGUAAGCCAGUCACAACUGUGCCGAUGGAGAAAGACGUGUUUCGACCAGGGACACUUUGCGGCUCCACAGACCAAGAUCUCAUGGUCCAACUCAUAUCGGAUCAUAGCCCUGGCAAGAUCAAACCAUUCCUCGAGGCCAACUGCUGGAUCCGGAUCCCACAUGGUGUUUCCGAGAUCAGAGAAGGCGACUCAGUUGGCAUUUACCCGAUGCGUUGA